AUGACGGGGACGACUCAUAGCGUGGGAGGGGGAGCGGGAGGGGGAGGGGGGAGCAACGUGAGUGCAGCUGAUCUUCUGAAUCGCCGCAUGCUGUUGAUGAUUACUAGGGCGCACGAGCUAUACGCCAAGGACACGACCCCCAACGGCAGCAAGGUGGCUGAUUUUCUGCUCUCCCAGCUACUGGAGCUUACCCAGUCGCCGGCUGGCUUCAUCUGCAGCGCCGUCAGGAAGCCCGAUGGGGCUGUUUCCCUCAAGACCCACUCCAUCACCAACUUUGCCUGGACGAGGGAGCUACGCCUGUGGUACACAGAGAAUGCCGCCAAGGGACUCGUCUUCAGCAACAUGAACACUCUCUUCGGCCACAUUGUGAAGACCAGUGACGUGGUUCUGAGCAACAACGCCCCUGAUGACCCUCGCUCUGCUGGCCUCCCCCCCGGCCAUCCCCCCAUUAACAACUUCCUAGGCGUGCCUCUCUUCCAUGGCUCGGAGCUGAUAGGAGCUUGGGCAGUGAGCAACAGGAAGGGAGGGUAUGAAGAAUCGAUGCUGGGGGAGCUGCAGCCUGUGACCAAAACGGUGGCCCAGAUUGUGGCGGGCAUUCAGGGCAGGAAGAAAGCGGCCGAGAAGGAGAAACGAAUGGUUUCCAUGCUUAAGAGCACAAUAGACGCCAUCAUAGCUCUGGACGACGGCGGCACCAUCACGGCAAUGAACCGGGCGGCGAGGAGCCUAUUUGGAUUCACCGAAUCGGGCAGCGGCAGCAGCGGGGAUGACGUGGACGCGUCUACUCUCCCCGACACCCUUCACAUCACAGACCUCCUCGAGUCUGUUGACGGAUCAGAAGACUUCAUAGAGACUGGCCUCGACACAUUCAUAGGAGACGACCGCCCAGUCUCGGCUGUCGGGCGGCAGAUUGUGGGCGGCAAGGUCUUUUUGGAGCUAUCUGUGGCGUCAGGCGCUGCUGCUGAUGUGGCGUAUGUGCUGACAGCACGGGAGCUUCAGGCAGGCGGUGGGAACAUGCAUGUGCCUGGCACACCAGGAUCCGCUUACAGUGGGGGAGGAGGGAGGGGGAGCAUGAGUGGGGAGAUGGCGGAGAUGGGAGGCAUGGGGGGCCUGGGGGGAAUGGGGGGAAUGGGAGGAAUGGGCAUGGGUGGGGGUAUGCGUGGAGGCAUGGGUGGGGGUAUGGCUGGGGGCAUGGGUGGGGGGAUGGGGACCUAUGAUACGAUGGGGCAUGGUCGGGGCGGGAUGGGUGCGAUGAGGCCUGCUGCUGCUGGUGGUGCUGGUGGGGUGGGUGCUGGGGCAUCUGCUGGUGGUGGUGGUGCUGGGUUUGGUGGCAUCAAGAUGGACGGUCUUGAUAUCAAGCCCCGUUACAUUCGCGUUACUGUCUCACGGCCCACAAGUCUCGGCCGUAUGGAGGAAAUACCCGACAGUCACGCCUUCGCGGCAGCGCCAAUGGAGGGUGUGGAGUCGGAGCAACCUGUGCAGGGUGUCGAGGCACCUUUUAACGAGGAUAUCAACGUUUUUUCAGCACCGGAAGCGGCGUCGGAGCCUGCCGCGGCGGAGCCAGGAUCGAGCACCGCGGAACACUUCGAGGCGGCGGAUGCGGGUUUCGCGGCGUCCGAUGCGGCGCCAGAUGCGGCGGCUGAUGGGGGGUACUCGGCGCACGAGAGCGCGGCAGCGGCGGCAGCGGCGGAGUUAGAAGGCGACGGAAGGGACGCGGAAGGAACGGCGGCAGCGCCAACGACGGUGAUCACGGAAGAUGCUGAGAACCUUCUGGACGACAUGCUGGGAGAGUCAGAACCUACUGCCGAACCUGCUGUUGCCGAGCCUGUUCCUCUAGAUGAUGCGCAAGCUGCAACCAUUGGUGUUGGUGGGGAGGUUCCUGCCGAUGCUACCCCCGAGGCUCCUCCCACUGCUGCGGAAACACCUGCAGAGGAAUCUGCUCCUGCAGAGGAAACAGCACCAGCUGAGGUGACAGCAGCAGGAGCUCUAGAGGGAACCGGAACUGAGGAAUCUGCUCCUGCAGAGGAGAGUCAACAGCAGCGUGAUAACCAGGAGUCUGUUCCGCCAGUGGGGGACGCACAGGGGGAGGGGGAAGCGGCUCCGCCAGUAGAGGGGAUGGGUAUGGAUGUGAAGCAUGAUGAUGGGAGUGGUGCGUAUGGGCAGCAGGAACAAGAGCAGCCUAUAACGGGUAUGGGCAUGGAUGUGAAAGUGGACCAGGGGGGCCUGGAAGGGGGACAGGUGGUGGGGGGAGAGGGGGAGGUGAUGGGGGGAGAGGGGGAGGUGAUGGCGGAGGGAGGGCAGGGGGUGGGAGAGCAUAUGGGAGAGCAGAUUGAUGAACAGGAGGGGGAUGAAGCACUUCGGCUUCGGAUGGGUAUGGAUGUGAAACCUGAUGGGGAAACGCCGGAAGGGGCGGAGAUUGUGGGGGGAGAAGGGCAGGUGGUAGGGGGAGAGGGGCAUGAGAUGGGGGGAGAGGCGAAGAUGGCAGAGGGAGAGAUGGCGCAGGGGGGAGCCGGAGAGCAAGGGGGAGUAGGGGGAGAGGCGCAAUACGAGCAGCAGGUUGGCGCAGUUGGCAGUGCGGUCGGGGAGUAUGGGGAGCAGCCGCAUGAAGGGGAGGCGCAGGCGGGGGGGGAGCUUGGGGGGGAGGCGCUUGCAGGGGGGGAGCAUACGGCACAAGAGUAUGCAGCGCAGGAGCAUGGGGAUGGAGAGUAUGGGGCACAGGGGUAUGUGGGGGAGGCUUAUGCGGGGCAGCAGCAGGAGGGAGAGGUGUAUGCAGGGCAGCAGCAGCAGGAGGGGGGGGCUUAUGCAGGGCAGCAGCAGGAGGGGGAGGUGUAUGCGGGGCAAGUUGUGGGAGGAGUUGUGGAAAUGCAGGAGCAGCAACAAGGGGCCGUGGUGGGGGAAGGGGGAGAGGUGGUAUUCGCACCUACUGAUGCUGCUGCUGAUGAUGCUGCUGCUGCUGCUGCUGCUGCGGCUGCUGUUGAAGCUGAAGCAAUGGCGGCCAAACCUGAUGCUGAUGCCUACGCUGCUGCUGUUGCUGCAGCUGACACUGCAGCAGCAGAAGCAGCCGCAGCAGAAGCAGAAUCGGCGGCAGCAGCAGAAGUGGCAGCAGCAGCUGGUGGUGCGGUAGGGGAUGGUGGGGAGGGAAUGGAAGGGGUGCAGAUGCAUGGGGAAGCGGAAGCAGGACAAAUGGCUGUGGGAGGAUACGCAAAAGGGGGGACAGCCCAUGUGGAUGGGGCCGGGGAGGGAUACAGUGAAGGGGGGAACCAUGUAGGGGCGCAAGAAGGGUAUAAUACUCAAGGGAUGGGGAUGGGGAUGGGGAUGGGGAUGGGGAUGGGGAUGGGGAUGGGGAUGGGGAUGGGUAAUGAAGGGUACGCUCAGGAGGUCGCUCAGGGGGGGCAGGGGGAGCCUGAGGGUGGGUACACGGGAGAGCAGACACAGGCACAUGAGGGGUACGGGCAAGAGGGGGCGCAUGCGUAUGCGGUUGGUGGAGAGGCAGGAGGUUAUGCGGAAGGGCAGAUGGAAGGACACGUGGAGGGACAGAUGGAGGGGCAGAUGGAGGGACACGUGGAGGGGCAGAUGGAAGGACACGUGGAGGGGCAGAUGGAAGGACACGUGGCACAGCCUUACGGGGAAGGAGAAGCCACGGCAGGAGGAAUGGCAGCAGGAGAAGCAGCCGCAGGAGAAGCUGCAGCAGGGGAGGUCGCAGCAGCGGCAGCAGGAGGAGGAGAAGGCGCAGGGGCAGCAGAAGGGGCGGGCGCGGGCAGGAAGGAGAUGGUUCUGGCUGGCACUGAGGCAACGGAUCGGAUUCUAUCAAGUGUGGAGGCGGCAGAUCUGAUUUUGAUGCAGCAGCAGCUGCCGCAGCCGCCGCCCGGGCCGGCAGUGGGCAACCUGAUGAUGCUGCCCAUGCUGCUGGACCAGAUCGAAGCACACAUUCUCUUCUAUGGACGCAUCUUCCGUAAGGAGCCUUUGGAGGAGGAGCUGCGGAAUCUCGUCUUUGCCUCCAUGCCCUCAGGUACCACCUUCCCCAGGGGGGAAUAUCCUGGGGAAGAAGGGGAGGAGGGAUAUUAUGCAGGGAGUGGGAUGGGAGCAGGGGGGAUGAGGAGAGGGGGAGUGUGGGAUGAAGGGAUGGAGGGGGAGGAAGGAAAUCCAGGGGAAAUCGACGGGGAAAUUCCCCAUAGAAAAUACCGAGUCGGGCCUAGAAUCCCUGCGGAAGCGCAAAAAUUAGGGGCGGUUUUGGGGAGGGCGGCGUGGGGGAAGGCAGAGGAGGAAGAGGCAAGGGAGUAUCUGUUGGGUUUGGCCCCGGAUAGAGGCAUUGCAGAGGAAGCAGCUGGUAGGGCGGCUGCUGCUGCGGCUGUGGCUGGGAAGCAUGCUGCUGCUGCUCUUGGGUUGGUGUGUCAGGACGCCGAUGCAGCAGAAGUAGGGAAGGGAAGUGAUGGCAAAGGAGCAGAUGUGAUGGAAACAGAAGAGAAGGUUUCUGCAGAGGAAGCAGCUGAGAAGGUGACUGUAGAGGAAGCAGCUGAGAAGGUGACUGUAGAGGAAGCAGCUGAGAAGGUGACUGUAGAGGAAGCAGCUGAGGAGGUUCCCGCUGAGGAAGCAGCAGAGAAGGAGCUCUAUGAGGUGGACAACUGCCACGUGGAGGCUGACAGCUCAUCAGGGAAGCUGGCUGCGCAAGCGCUCGCGGCCGCUGCUGUGGCACGCGCGUCGGCCGCUGCUGCCAAGUCAGCGUGGGACUUAGUUAAGUAUUAUAGGAGUAAGGUGGGGUUGAUAAUGAUGGAGGAGGAGGGGAGGGAGUGGAGGGAAGGGGGUGGGGGAGGAAGGGGGAGAGGAGGGAGGAAGGGGGAGAAAGGGGGUGUGAAAUAUGUCCUCGCGCUGCAGUAUGGGGAGGAGGAGGAAGGGGAGGAGGCGGAGGAGGAGGGGGGACAGACUCUGCGGCACAAGUUCAGUGUGGGGUCGUUUGUGGAGGUAUGUGGGCCUGAGUGGCAGCUGGUUUCAUGGGCACAGUGCUACAGAUGA